GCCCGGGCGGGGCCUCGGGCCGGGCGGCGACAACGGGAGCUGCUGGCGGGAGCGGGAGCGGCAAGAGGCCGCUGGCAGGUCCCCCAAAAGUCAAGGAGGAAGUUUGCUCCAGCGAGGAUGGAGCAAAGUUGCCUGUCACCUCGUUCACGCCCAACCCUGGAGAUCCGUGCUAAGUCUUCCCAAUAGUGCCUGGUCCGAGAUGGGGUCCCAGGUCUCGAUGGACGCGGGAGCCGUGCAUGUUGUGAUUGUGGGCGGGGGCUUUGGUGGCAUCGCGGCCGCCAGCCAGCUGCAGGCACUGAACAUCCCUUUUGUGCUGGUGGACAUGAAGGACUCCUUCCACCACAACGUGGCAGCCCUCCGGGCCUCCGUGGAGAGUGGGUUUGCCAAAAAGACAUUCAUUUCCUACUCGGUGACCUUCAAGGAAAACUUCAGGCAGGGCCUGGUGGUUGAGAUAGACCUGAAGAAUCAGACGGUGCUGCUGGAGGAUGGCCAGGCCCUACCCUUUUCACAUCUCAUCCUGGCCACGGGCAGCACUGGGCUCUUCCCGGGCAAGUUUAACCAGGUUUCCAGCCAGCAGAUGGCCAUCCAGGCCUAUGAGAACAUGGUGACGCAGGUCCAGCGCUCACAGUCCAUUGUGGUGGUGGGAGGAGGCUCUGCAGGAGUGGAGAUGGCAGCAGAGAUUAAAACGGAAUACCCCGAGAAAGAGGUCACUCUCAUUCACUCCCAGAUGGCCCUCGCAGACACAGAGCUCCUGCCCUGUGUCCGGCAGGAAGUGAAGGAGAUCUUGCUCCGGAAAGGUGUGCAGCUGCUGCUGAGUGAGCGGGUGAGCAACCUAGAGGCGCUGCCUGUCAAUGAGCAUUGUGAGUGCAUCAAGGUGCAGACGGACAAAGGCAUGGAGGUGGAUGCCAACCUGGUGAUUGUCUGCAACGGUAUCAAGAUCAACAGUGCAGCCUACCGCAGCGCAUUUGGUGAUCGGCUGGCUGGCAACGGUGCUCUGAGAGUAAACGAGUACCUCCAGGUGGAAGGUUACAGCCACAUCUAUGCCAUCGGAGACUGCGCCGAUGUGAGGGAGCCCAAGAUGGCCUAUCACGCCGGCCUCCAUGCCAAUGUCGCCGUGGCCAACAUUGUCAACUCCAUGAAACAGAGGCCCCUCAAAACCUACAAGCCAGGUUCACUGACGUUCCUCCUGGCCAUGGGGAGAAAUGACGGCGUGGGCCAGAUCAGCGGCUUCUAUGUGGGGCGGCUUAUGGUUCGGCUGGCCAAGAGCCGGGACCUGUUGGUCUCCACAAGCUGGAAAACCAUGAAACAGUCUCCACCCUGAUGGGGAUCCAGGCGAGAGACAGGCUGUGGCCCAAGUCUGUUCCAUGCUGUUGCCCAUGCCUUAGAGAGACUGUGCCUCUCUCCCAAAGGAUGGCCACCCCACGGAGGCUUCACCCAGGCCUCCAUUCCUGCGGACCACAACCAACCAGGCUCCCUUCCUGCAAGCGGGACCUGCUGCCUGAGAAACACAAGCCAUUGCGUGCCGUCUGCCCUGGGGCCUGGCAUGGUGGGAGCCUCUGUCCUGCAGGGACAGGCCCUGUUCUACUUAUAACAUUCUAGAAGUGUCCAUCCACGGGGACACAGUUCUCCAAACUGAGGACAACGUUGCAAUAAAAGAAUAUAUUGUAAGAAA